CACCUUUCUGCAAAACCCUUUUCGACAGUUGAUCGCCGCACUUAAAAUUUACCGUGAUGGAAAUGGAGCUUUUCACCGGCGACCGGCGAGCCUUCCCCCAACACGUUGCUCCGUUUCCUGACUCUGUGGAUUUAACUGCCGUGAUUUGCUCGCCGGAGGAUCCACUGAUGAAGAGCCACCAUCCAAAUCUGCCGCCUCAGAAGCUGCGUCCAAUCCGGUGCAACGUUAGGUCUCCGGCUUGCUCUCAACCAGAGGAUCCGAUCGAGUACGCUGAGGUAGUUGAGUUUCUGCACGAUCAGCCUUGCCCGGUUAAUGGAGAGUCCACCAACUACUUUUUCUCUCCGAACCCUCCGGUUAAAGCUGAGGCUGCUGAAAUUGGCAGCGGAGGAAAUGGGCCUGGUACGGACGGGGAGAAUCGGGGGCCGGAUUUUCAAGAAGGGGUUUUGGAGGAGUUGUCAAGUUCAUCUUCGGAAAGUGAUGAAGAAAAUCAUUCAUCAGCAAGCAUUAAAGAACCUGCAAACCUGAAAAGAAAGCGAAAAGCAAGAAAGAUUGAGGUUUUCUUGGAAAAUUUGGUUAUGAAGGUGAUGGAGAGGCAAGAGGAGAUGCAUAAGCAGUUGAUAGAGGUGAUUGAGAAUAGAGAAAAAGAGAGAAUUGAAAGAGAAGAAGUUUGGAGGCGACUAGAGAUGGAAAGAAUGAAAAGGGAUGAGGAGGCAAGAAUUCAAGAUAUGUCUCGUAACCUGGCUCUCGUUUCUUUUAUCAGGAACUACUUGGGUAAUGAGAUUGAACUGCCUUUGUCAUUACCAUCUACAUCUGUGCCAUCAACAGUAUCAAGCAUGGAAGAUAAUGGAGGCAAAAAUGGGAGUGAAGAUCACAUUCAAGGAGACAUAAAGAGUAAGAGUGAUCCAAGUUGUAGUUGGCAAGAAGCAAAAGUGCAGUCCAGUGGGGGUGGAAAUCAUGUUCAGAAAGAUGUCAUCAAAUCUGAUCCAAACAAUAAAAGAUGGCCGGAAGAUGAAGUGCAGGCACUGAUAAUGCUUCGAAAUGCUCUUGACAGUAAGUUGCGCGUUGCAGGCUCCAAGUGCUCCAUAUGGGAUGAGAUAUCUAGUGGAAUGCAAAGUAUGGGCUAUAGUCGGAGUGCAAAGAAAUGUAAAGAGAAAUGGGAAAACAUCAAUAAGUACUUCAGGAAGUCAAUGGGAAGUGGCAAAAAGCGAUUUGAAAACAGCAAGAGAUGCACCUAUUUUCAGGAAUUGAGCAUGCUCUACAGUGAUGGACAUUUGAGUGACGGAAAUCCUUUGAAUCAUGCAAACAAUAAGAAUUAAGAGGUGGUGAACAUUGAGAAAAUGAGGAUUGGUUUUAAGGACUCUGAUGAUCACUAUGACCAUAAAGCAGAUGGUGUUUGCUGAAUUUUGCAGGAACUUAUCUCGUGAUUUCUCUACCCAUUUUCUGUUUGUUUCUGCAUCAUUUUUCUUUCGAGACAUUCUUAAAUUUGUCACAACUUCCAGGCACCGCUGAAAACAGGGCUUGUGUAUAACAAUGUCUUUACCAUAUUAGUUUCCAUAAAAUCAGAUCAACACU